AUGGAUCUUGCCAAGUCACUGGGCUGUAGUUACUUUGAUGCAAUGAGUAGUUGUGAACACAAUUAUAGUUACACCUCUGAAAGGACUGUCCAAGAAAUGGUUUUAAGUAUAGGUGAAGUUAUCAGACAGGAUGUUUUGGAAGAAUUUGACAGAAGCCCAUUUAUAUCUUUAUUAAUUGACGAAACGACUGAUGUGGCAGUAAUGAAACAACUGAUCAUUUAUGACAAACAUCUGCAGACUAAUGGCACUACCAAAGUUUCUUUUCUGGGAACAGUUGAGGUUCAAGACAGAAAAGCCGAGACGAUCACUACAGCAAUCAAAACAUUUACUGAAGAACACAACAUUAUAUUGGAUGGUAAACUAGCAGGUUUUGGAAGUGAUGGAGCAUCAGUGAUGGUUUCCAGUUUCAUGAUUUCAAAUCACUGUGUUGCCCAUAAACUGGCUCUCGCUGUAGGUCAGGCUGCCAAUUCUGUACCGUACAUUAAGAAGUUCAACGACUUGCUUGACAAUUUAUAUAGAUUUUACGAAUAUUCACCUGUACGUUCAAGUGGAUUAAAAGAAAUACAGAAAGCAAUGACCAACCAAGUACUAAAGCCAAAGCAGGCGAAAGCUGUUAGAUGGCUCUCACAUGAAGCAGCUUGUGAGACACUCAGACAAAUAUAUCCAAGCAUUAUUAUCAGUCUGCACAGAGAAACCAGUGAAAGAAAUGACCCUGCAGCUUUAGGUCUGGCUAAGUUUCUAGAAGAAGGGAAGUUUUUUGCCACUUUGCAUAUGAUGUGUGACAUCCUGCAAUUCCAGGUCCUGCUUGAUAGAUUCCCAUUUAUAAAUGAUGAGGAUGCACAAAGGGAGUGGAAAACACUAAUGCCAGCAUUACACUGA